GUUCCUCAGAACCGACUCGUAGAAUUAAUUUCCUCGAUCUUAAUUUUCCUUCCUUAUAAAACCCUAAUCCCCAAAUCGGAACCCUACUUACCAAGAUUCCUCAAUUUUAAAGCCCUACUGGGGUGGAUUGGUUUCAUUGCAAUUGUUUUCUUUUUUCUUGUUGUUCACUGUUUUCGAGGUUUGAAUUCACAAGUCCCGAAUCGAUUGGAGUAAUGAUACAGAUUUGUAAUGGAGGGAGGCAGCGUUAGAAUGAACAAUGUGGAAGGUGACCGAGAAGAUUGCAGCUCUGGCAAUGGACGCCCGCCGAUUCCGAACUCGCUGGGCGGCAGAGGGGACUGCCGACACUGCGUGACCUCUGACGGCACGCCGCCUUUGUCUACCAGAACCCUUGUUCGACACCCAUCUUUGGUGAAAGUGAGAUCCGCAGAUAUCUCAACGGAACCAACAUCGACUAUUCGUGAUGAUGAUGCUGAAUACAUGCCCCUGCUACGGUCAGGAGCUUGGGCAGACAUUGGUUCUCGCUCGAGCAUGGAGGAUGUCCAUGUUUAUACAGACAACUUGAUGGAUGAUUAUGGAUUUAAUAUUCCAACUGAAAGCCCUAGUGCAUUCUAUGGGGUGUUUGAUGGACAUGGAGGAAAGCAUGCUGCAGACUUUGCAGGCUACCAUUUACCAAGGUUCAUUUUUGAGGGUGAAGGUUUCUCCCAGGAUAUUGAGCGAGUUAUUGCAUCAGCAUUUUUACAGACAGAUACUGCUUUUGCAGAAGCCUGCACCUUGGAUGCAGAUCUUGCUUCUGGUACUACUGCUUUGGCUGCUAUUGUAAUGGGAAGCUCACUGGUGGUGGCCAAUGCUGGAGAUUGCAGAGCCGUCCUUUCCCGUCGGGGCAAAGCAAUUGAGAUGUCAAGAGAUCAUAAACCUGUUUCGUUGAAGGAAAAGAGACGAAUUGAAGCCUCUGGUGGUUACGUGUACGAUGGUUAUCUCAAUGGACAGCUUAAUGUAGCCCGUGCUUUAGGAGACUGGCAUAUGGAAGGAUUGAAAGGUCCUGAUGGCGGCCCCCUAACUGCAGACCCGGAAGUCAUGAGCACAAGACUUACCAAAGAUGACGAGUUCCUAAUCCUUGGCUGUGAUGGGCUAUGGGAUGUCUUCAUGAGCCAAAAUGCUGUGGACUUUGCUCGUAGGAGGCUGCAGGAGCACAAUGAUCCAGUGAUGUGCAGCAAGGAUCUCGUCAAUGAGGCUUUGAAACGAAAGAGUGGGGACAACUUAUCAGUUGUGGUUGUGUGCUUCCAGCCACAUCCACCUCCCAACUUGGUCGCCCCACGAGGAAGAGUACACCGGAGCAUUUCUGCUGAAGGGCUGAAGGAAUUACAGAGCUUCUUGAAUGACUUAAACAACUGAGAUGGUGAUGCGAUGAAGGCUUGUAAACUCUUUUAUCCUCUGUUUGUCAUAGCUAUCAAUUUGUUACUAAUUUUCCCAACCUUUAUCUAUCCAUUCUUGCUUGUCAUUGAGAGGAGAUGUAGUUUCUAGUUGUAACAUAUGCGGCGCCACCACAUUUUUUACUUUCUUCUUGUUCUUGUAUUCUGCUAAUUAUGUCUCUGGUUAGGAUUCCCUGUCUUUCGAACUUAGAUGUUACUACUAUUGACCAGCUUUAAUUUGGGGUAUAUUUUGUGCU